AGAACAAGAUGUGAGAAAAGAUUGUGAGAAUGAUAUAGAAGACUGUAAUGAUGCCGUGGGAAAAGACGACUUUGAGGAUGAUGCCAUAGAAGAAGAAGACUAUAGAGAUGAUAUCAUAGUUGUGUAA